CUUGCGCAGUCGUCGGAGGCGCGCGCACGCAGUCGCACUCGCACUCACGCCGCUUGGAAACAGGGGAAAGAGUGAGCGAGUGACAGACAGACACAGAAGAAGAAGAAGGAGAGAAAGAGAGAAGAAGAAAUCGGAGAGAGAAAGAGAAGAAGAAGGAGAGAAAGAGAGAAGAAGAAGAAGGAGAGAAAGAGAGGAGAAACAGGAGAGGAAAAAAGAGAAGAAGAAGGAGAGAGAAAUAAAUAAAGGAGAAAUAGAAGAGAAAACAAGAAGAAGAAAUAAUUGGAGAGAAAGAGAAAAUAGAUAUUUUUAAAAAUUGAAGUUUUGUAAAGACCUUAUAAACUUAUAAGUGUUUGUGCAAUUUGAUCAUUAUUUCGUUCCCACAAAAAAAGUGUAAAUCGUAAAAUUUCAGAAAAAAUAGAAAAAAAGAGAGAAUGAAAUAGACGUUUUUUUCUUUCUUUCUUUCUUUCUUUCUUGGACACGUUUUUGCCGCAACAAGAAGGAAGAGCGAAGAGGGAGAGGAAAACAAACGAAGAAGAAAAAAGAAAUAGAAGAUAAAAAAGAAAUAGAAAAUGCCUCGACUGUGGGCGAGCCAAGUGGCGCUCCUGCUGGCGGUGUUGGUGGCCCCUACCCUCCCCCAGGGGCCGCUGCCUCGUGACGGAGGAGGACACGGUGGAGGAGGACACGGUGGAGGAGGACAUGGUGGAGGAGGACAUGGUGGAGGAGGACACGGUGGAGGAGGACAUGGAGGUGGGGGUUAUGGAGGGGGAGGGGGAGGGUACCAUGUCCCGGCCCCCACCUGCCAUCCCCAGACCAUCACUAAAUACAGGACUGUUUAUAAAGACCGCAAGGCACAGGUGGUCAAUAAUGUGGAGGUGCGGAAUCCGAAGCCGGACGUGAAGAAGGUGGUGGAGACGCGCUACACGACGAUCCGCUACCCGGUGUUCAUCACGCAGGUCAUCAAGCCGCUCCUGACGCAGGUGGAGACGAAGGUGCGCCCCAUGUUCUUCACCAAGACCAUCAACCGCUACACGACCGUCAAGUUCACCGUGACGGGCAUCGGCCAGGUCACCGUCACGACCGUCAAGUACGAGAAAGAGUACGUGACGCGGUGCAUGAAGGGCUACGGACACCGGCGGGAGGCGUCGGACGGGCCCGAGGUGCGCGAGAGCGACAUCGUGCCCGUAGCCGACGUGUCCUUCGCGCCCACCUACCGCACGCGCGUGCCCGAGCCACCGCCGGGCAUCCCCUACGAGUACGACGACGAGGAGAUCGAGCCGUCGCUGCCCACGCCCGAACGGGAGACAUCCCCCCCCGAGCGCCCCUUCCUGCGCCCCAUCACCCACGGCGGCUUCAGAGGUCCUCGCCCCCGCCCCCCGCCGCCCCUCCACCCCGUUGGACCCCCGCCCGGGCCCAUGGGGAUCCUUGGGGCCUCUCUCGCAGCUGGGGACCGUGCUCACCGGAUCCUACCGCGAGCCCGACGAGGACUCCUACCAGCCCCACGCGCCCCUGCCGCCCUUCCGGGGCUGAGGGCGAGCGAGGCGAGGCGAUGGCGAGGCGAGGCAAGGAGAGGAGAGGCGAGGCGAGGCGAGGCGAGGCGAGGCGAGGUGAGGCGAGGCGAGGCGAGGCGAGGCGAGGCGAGGCGAGGCGAGGCGAGGCGAGGCGAGGCGAGGCGAACCGAUGGUGAGGUGAAGUGAAAUAAGACGAGGCGAUGACGAUGGAGGAGCGAAGCCGACGGAAGCCGAAGGAACCAUCUAUCGCCCUCACGCCCAAGGCCUCUCACCAGGCUUCCGAUGGGCUUCCGAGUGUAUCCACCGCCCAUUUGUAUAGUGAUGUCAGGACGUGAUGUAUUGCACUCUCUUCCCCUCCCACCCGCCCGCAAGAUGAGCUACGCAGUCCGCAAAAAGUCACAUAUUUUCUAACCCGCGAUGCAAAUACUCGAUGAGACUGACUCAUCCUUUCACGAAAUCGUCCCAAACGUGGGAGUAAAUAUGUAAACGAGAGAAGAAAAGAGGGAAGAGGUAAAUGCAAAAACAAGAAGAGAAGUAAAUAAGUAGAUAGACAAAUAAUCAAAUAAAUGAAUGAGUAGAAACGCAAACUAACAGACACGUAAAUAAAAUAAAUGAAUGAAGACACAGAUAUGUUAUUAAAUAAACAAAUGAACAAAGAUAGUUAAAAAGAUACAAAUACAAACAAGUUGAUUUAAACACAGACAGUCAAGUAAAUACACCAGUGAAACGUCGGCCUAUAUAACUCGCACCUCUCCCCCUAAAUAUAUAAACAAAUAAAGUAUUUAGAGUGAUCAAGAGUAAAGAAAAAUAAGAGACAACCGACAAGAGAGAGAAUUGAUAACUAAUCCUUAAAGUAGACCGUUUUAGUUCUUAGUCUGUCAAACCUGGAGGCUGGUUCCUUCUCUCGUUCGUACCAUGGACUAUCUGUUAUCUUUUCUACGUAGACCUGGAAUGGAUGUGGAUACCUUUACUGAGUCCUGUGAUCAAGGGGUGAAAGUGGCAUCUGUUCAUGUUGUUUUUUAUUGUUGUUUUUUUCUGUAAUUUCCUUUUUUUCUUUCUUUUCUUCCGGCUGUGUGACAGCUGCAACUAUGAUCAUAGCGCCUACACUGCUGGUUACAGUGUCGCUCUCAGUUUAUUGUAUAUUUAUAUA